ACCCAUUGAUAGGCCGAUAUUCAUCCAAUGCGACAAAACUUUCUUUCCAAAAUUCCGACAAUUUCCCAUGCGCUCUGCGAACUUUCUAGCAAAGCCCUCUCGUGGUUAAUCGCUGAGUCAUUUUUCUACACAGUAUUGCUCCUGUUUUUUGCGAUAAUCGUGCCGAUAAAUAAAGCUCAAUAAUGCUGCCCCCAAUAACCAAGGAACAAAUGGUGGUAUUCCUUGAAGCAUUGAAAAAAAAUCCUUCGCUCCUGCACACACCUGACUUUGAGAGUCUAAAGUCGUUCGUCGAACACUUUGGAGGAAAAAUUCCAUAUGCAGCAAAAUCCGAAGCAGGUGAACCAAUGGGCAAAGAACCAGAAGAAAAGAAAUCCAAACCGGAACCUGAAGUUGAAAGCGAGGAGAGUGAGGAAAGUGAUCUUGAACUUGACAUGACCGGUGUCUUGGAACCGGACAAUGAUUCUCCACAAAAAAUGGGAAAUCUAACAAAAGUGUCAACGGAGGAAGAAAUCACAGAGUCACACGCAAAGCGUUCCGAGGCAGUGUCAGCAUUCAUGGAGAAAGAUUAUGAGAAAGCUUUGGGUCUUUACACCGAAGCGAUUGUUUUGAAUCCCCAGGCAGCGUUGUUAUACGCGAAAAGGGGACAAAUAUAUUUGUUGUUAGGAAAGCCUAACGCUUGUAUUCGCGACUGUGACAGAGCUUUGGAGUUGAAUCCUGACAGUGCAGCAGGCCACAAAUUUCGUGGUCGUGCCUACCAGCUUUUAGGACGUUUCGAAGAGGCAGCGGCCGAUCUUCGACUCGCCUGCAAAUUUGACUUUGACGACCAAACUAACGAGUGGCUCCGCGAAGUAACGCCAAACGCUCUAAAGAUCGAAGAACACAGAAGAAAGAGGGAUCGAAAAGCGAAGGAAAGAGCGGCGAGAAAAUCUGCCAAAGCAAAGUCAACCAAGGAAAACGUUUAUGCAUCAAAACCUGAGGGAUCGAAAUCAGAAGGUGACAGUGAUGCUGGAAAGAAGAAAGUGAACUUCGCCGAGAUGCUUAACGCUUUCCAGGAUCCUGAGAUAACGCAAAUGUUCCUCGACAUAUCGACGAAUCCAGCAAACAUUAAAAAGUACGAGAACAACCCGAAGAUGAUGGAAAUAUUGAGCAAAUUCUGCGGAUCGGAUGGUAAAGAUGCGGUGAACGGUCUCCUAGGAUUUUUGAAAGGCAUGGGAGGGCUUUACUCGGGUGCUGGUGGUGCAACAGCGAAUCCACCCCCGGCCGCGGAACCAAAACCAUCGGCUCCAAAGGCCAGCGACGAGGUUGAGCUUGACUAAAAAAAAAAGUCCACCUUUCCUCAACCUUUUGAGAUCGAGUUAAAAUUCCGCUGAUUUUAACAUUUCUCUUUGCAAAAAAAUUGUUUAGUUUUUUCGAUGCUGCUUCAUUGAACGGUGAUUUACUUUUAACUACUAUUUUAGCAUGUUUCUUUUUUGUAUCUUUUGUUAUUCAAUAUUUUCCUCAAGAUAUUCAUCGAGUUUAAAAUAAAAUGUAAGAUUGAAAAUAUUGCGCAUUCAUCGAAUUCGAGAUCCGUCAUCGGGAAUCGGGAAACGCUAUUCACUGGCCUGCGUAUGAGUGUGUGUGUUUGUUACAUAUGUGAAUGCACUUUUGUAGUGCUUAAGCGAUGAAGGCGAAAAAAAGUAACGCUAUAACAACACCACGAUGUAUUUUAUUAUUUGAUGCUGAAAUCAAGGUUAAAAUGGAUAUGCUAGCUCUGUCGAAUAAUGAAAUAAAUAUAAAACAUUUUCACGUGUA